AUGGGCUUGGCAUACAACGUUUACCUCAACUGCAAGCGUAUCUACGGCUGCAAGACCUGCAAGACCCAUCUUGCCGACCACGAUGACAUCGUGAGCAGAAACUUCAGAGGCCAGCACGGCAAGGCUUUCCUCUUCAACAAUGUCGUCAACGUCAUUUCUGGCGAGGCUGGCGAGCGUAACAUGACCACUGGGAGACAUGUCGUGCGAGACAUUACCUGCCGGCAGUGCAAAGAAACGGUUGGAUGGAAGUACGACAAGGCUUACGAACCCGCCGAAAAGUACAAGGAGGGCAAAUACAUUCUCGAAGCCGAAUUGCUCUGCAACGUCAACUGA